AUGCGAUCUAGUAUUGCCUGUGCCCGCUGUCGGCGGAGCAAGAUAAAAUGUGUGAACGCUGGCAUUGACACAACCUGCCGCGCGUGUGAGUCUUCUGGUCGAGAAUGUGUAUAUCCCGCCCCCGCAAUCGGUAUGGGCGGUGGUGCCGCGAAACGGGACCUCGCCGCCCUGGCGGAGGGCGAAGAGCGCAACGGGGAUUGGGACAGCCCCAAGCGACAACGCUCGCGCAAGACGGUUGGUCUCUCCUCGUCCGCUGCUAAAGAUGCGUCUAAGCUCGGCGCGGACGUCCUCGAUGCAAACAUCUUGACCAACAAAGUGUGGGAUGCCGUCUUCGACCUGUUCCAAUCCCACUUCGCCACCAUGUUGCCGUUCGUACAUCCCGCCUCCUUCAUCGGGCAAGCGCGUCAGCUUUCCACCAAUAUGUCCCAUCCCCCACCCGCGAACAAUUCCGAGGCGACACACGAUUCCGCCCAAAGUCCUCCCGCAGCCAAGGCAGACCUCAAUCCGCUCAUCCCCCUCGGGGUUCUUGCUCUCACGGCCCGCUUCCAUCCUCAACUUGUCGCCUACCACUCCCCAUCGUCACCGGGGAAUCCUUCCAACCCCCUCGUCGCCUCCGAAUACUAUGCGACAGCGUUACGCAGCCGGCUGGCCGGUGUCGACGGCGCUAGUCUGGCUGUGCCCGACCUGACGCGCGUACAGGCUUUGCUGAUGCUGGCUUUGCAUGAGUGGGGAAUGUGUCGUGGUCGGAGUGCUUGGUUAUACGUGGGGAUGGCUAUUCGGCUCUCUCAGGCAAUGGGUCUGCCGUUCGAGCUGGAGAAUGAGAUGCCGUUUCGUGAAGGGCCCCGGUCACCCGUCCUCAAAACGGAAGCCGAUCUGUUCGGGCUCUCGAGACGUCCUCCCGAACAACGGGAGCAAACAUCCGACGAUAUCAUCGCUCAAGAGACGAAGCGUCGCACUUUCUGGGCUUGCUUCAUUCUCGACCGAUGUCUGAGCAGCGGAAAGUACCGACCGCGCAUGAUUCGAGUGAAGGAGCUGGCCAUCCAGCUUCCCAGUGACAAUGCAUUUGCCUUCGGAGAGCGUGUACGGACGUCACGCUUAAGUGAGCCCGCUGUACGUCGUCCUACAAGCUUUGGUGCUCAGGGGGUCCAGAUCCCGAGCAUUCGGCAAAGCUUAGGCGGCCUGGGAGACGACCGCAUGCCCAGCGCAGGCCCGGGGGAUACCAAAGCCUGGUCACCCAUCUCCCGCCGAAAGGACUCCAGUGAGGAUGAGAUCGAUCGUUGGGAGAUCGGUGCCGAAGAGUCCGUCCACAGUCGGAUUAUCCGUAUAAUCCGCAUCUGGGGCAGUAUCGCCAAAUGGUCGUGUGCUGGCGGAAGAAGAACCGAACAAUGGCCCCCGUGGCAUCCUGAAUCACGCUUUGCAAAGCUGCGAGCGAUGCUGAGCGAGUUCCAGGACGGACUGUCCCGCAACCUGCAAUACUCCCCCCGCAACACUGACACCCACAUCAUGUACAAAAACAACACCCUUGCUCCUUACACUGUCAUGCACGUGGUUCACUUCCUGUCGGUGAUUGUUCUACACCGUGCCUAUAUCCCUUUUCUUCCCGUACGAUGCACCGAGCCGGUCGGGCCACUAGACGAGCCGCUCUUUCCAAUGGAAAAAGCAGGUCUUGCCGAGGGAUUUUGGCGUGAAAGUGCUCGGGUGCUGUUCAAUGCUGCUCGGCAAAUGAUGGACUUGGUUGUGACUUGUCAGGACCGAGGAGUGCUGGUAGAAAAUCCUCUCGUGGGGUUUGCCGUGUAUAACGCGGUUUUCAUCGGCAUCUACGCUGUUCAUUUCCCACACAUGGAUCCGGAUGGAGUGUUGGGCCCCAAGAAUGCCGGUGAUCGCAACCUGCAGGGCCAAGCUCAAGCCCGCAAAGCACUUGACGUUCUGCGGGAGAUGCGACCUCGACUCAAGAUGGCGCGUGGCUGGUUCCGCACCUUGAAUCGGCUGCACAGUUAUUUCUCCAAAGUCAAACGCGAUUUUCGCCGACAUUCGCGCAAAUCGGACCCCACUGACCAAUCCGACUCUCACGUCAAUGGAGUCCGUCCGAUCCGCGAGGGCGGGCCGGGAGGCGGGCUCGAGGAAUUCAAGCUUCUGGAGAAGCUGUUCCUCGAUUUUGGUAUCAUCGAGGACCAGCUGCCCGAACCUGGCGCGGAUGAGGACGGCUUUGCUGCUGCGAGUGAACGGGCGACGAUCCUAAGCGACGCAGGCAGUAAUGCCGUCCGCAGCGAGACGGGAGAUCUCGGAGAGCCUCCUUUGGAUGGCGCCGGAGGAAGACGUGAGUCUUGGGUCCCCAUCAACAGCCCGGGGAUGCCGCUGCCCGGACCCGACGGCGAACGGCGGCCCAGUCUUCCACUACCCCCCAACCGCACCUUGCAGUCGCAGUCACCUUUUUCUCUACCAUCGCUGCAACACCACCCGGAUGGCCCGUUGUACAACUCGUCGUCCCCCAACCUUCCCUCGCUAGGACCGCCUGGACCAUAUGGGGUUCCUCCUUCCACGUCAACUCCGACAUCAUCGCAGUACAACGGCCCCGGAGCUGCUUCCAACCGGUUGCAGCCAUUGAACUCGUGGCUUAACCGCACACAACCACCCCCUCCCUAUACCCAAUCACUACCCCCAAUCAACGCGGCAGCCCCGUCACACGCCUUGCCGUUGUUGCCUCCUCCUGGCUCCGUGGGUCAUCCUGGCGCAUCCCCGCCCGUGACAGUGGAUGGACUGGAUGUCGUCAACACGAACAGCUUGUGGUCCACCAGCCUGGGCGGGGAUGAUGUGCUCGCGUUCCUGGAGGGGUGUGAGUACGACCAGCUCCCGGCCACUGUUGCUCCGGAGAGUUCCCCAACCGGUUGGCUCACCACUGUGUGGACCGAGUUCGUCCGCUGA